UUCAUUUAUAUUUCCAGUGGAAUUAUAAAUGAAAUAAUAAUUAGUAAUGCAAGAAAAGUUGAAAACCAAGAAUUUACAAGGGCCAAAUUAGUUUAAAAAAUUGAUUUCACAAAUUUAACCAAAAAAUAGAGGAAUGGAAUAGUAUUAAUAAAAAUUAUGCAUUUCUGUUAAAGAAAUUAGUAAGAUUGAAAUUCGAUGCAUUGUUUUAACUUUGAAGAAGGCUAAUACGUAAAUGGUGAAAGUAUAUUUAGGUAAAGCUUAUCCUGAUUUAAGUGAUGUGUUCAAAGUAAGAUUUAUGAAUGAGGUUAUUGUGAAAAAAUUGAUCGAUUUUUAAAGAAUAAUAGAUAAUGAAUAAAAAAGCAACGUUAAUUCAAGAAUGCGUCGUUCUGAAAUCUCUUUUUUGGUUAGGAUUUGUAACCAGCUGAUAAAUGAUCUACCCGAUAUAGGGUUAUGGUUUCUGAAAAGCACAAAACCUAAACACAUAUCACCAUAGAGAGUUGAGAUUUUCAACAUCCUUAUACAUAUCAUAGAAUGAAAUCUCUUAUAUAUUUGUUUAUCUAUUGGAGUUCUCUUAUUACAUAAUUAAAAUUUUACAACUGCAAUGAGAAAGGCGUCAACAUUCAGUGAUCUAGUUGUAAAAACACUAGAUAAUGUGUGCUUAAAUUUAUAAGGUGUAUGUAUAUCAGAAAAAUCCAAUUCAAGCAUAAGUAAAUAGUCUGAAAAGUGAACAGUAGAAAAAGAAGAAAUGACUGAAGUUUGUUUAUUUACAAUAUAUAGUUCGGCUAAAAAUAGAAAAGAAAAAGUUCAAAUGUUCAAGAGGUUAUAUUUUAGUUUAUAGUUUUCGCAAUUAUCGUGAUAAACACCAUGAAAGUUUCAACCAACCACACAAUUCUUACUGUAAUUAAUCUAUAAAUUAUAUCAUUUGGGUGACUUCUUUGAAUAUUUUUUGGCAAAAUAAAUGUACAAUGACAGAGCAAUCUCUUCUCAAUUUUACCGAUGAAUUACUUGAAAGCAGUUGGCUGUAUUGUGCAAUAUGUAAGGAUAUCCUAAAGCCACCAAUAAUGUUGGUAGAAACCAUUGGAAAUAUAUGUACUACCUGUCUUGAAGAAACAGAAGUAACAAAUUUGAAAAGUAUGAAUAACUCGGCAUUAGAAAAUGUAUUGAGCUUAUUAAAAUUGCCUUGUAAAUUUAAACUGAAAGGUUGCAUGGAAAGAUGUUCAUAUGGAAAAUUAUCUUUUCAUCAGAACAAUUGUAAAUUUCGUACAAAAAUAUGCCCUAUGCAGAAGGUGUCUGGUUGCGAAUGGGAAGGAAGUUCUCUUGAUUUUGCAGAUCACUUCAAACAAUGUCAUGGAGAUCACGUUAUCAAUUUUGAGAAUGAUUUAUUUUUCUUGCAAACCUCAUUAACUGAACGAAAUGUGGUUAAAUUAUUAGUAAUGAAACAACAUACUUAUAUGCUGAGAAUGCAAAAUAACCUUGAAAAAAAUAAAAUAUUUUAUGUAAUAUGCAGCCUAACUGAUGAUUACAAUUCAUUUUGUGAAUAUGCCGUGAAGCACAAAGGAGCUAGUGACAAUUACAUUAAAACAAAAUCUAAAAUACUUUCAUCUUAUUUCAUUUAUGAUGAUAUUGAUGAAAGUAUCGCAGUUGAAAUAGAUAUUAAUGCACUUAAACAGAUAGCUCAAGUUUCUGAUACUAUUACAAAUAUAUUUAAAAUUAAACUUGAAGACUCUCUUGCAGAAACGAUGGAUGAAAAAAUAUUACAUUUUUUUGAAUGCCCUGUAUGUAAAAAUUUUAUGAAACCACCUAUUUAUCAAUGUCAUUCAGGUCACAGCCUAUGUAAUUUAUGCCGACCCAGAUUAGAAAAAUGCCCUACUUGUCGAUCUACUUUCGGAAAUACCAGAAAUUAUUCUUUGGAAGGACUAACAGUUGGAGUUAUGUACCCUUGUAUUUACCACGAUUCCGGGUGUGCAGAAAUAGGGUCUGCAAGUGACAUAUUAAAACACGAAAGUGAAUGUUCGUUCAAACCUUACAGUUGUCCAUUCCCAAGCUGUAACUCUUCAGAUAUGCAACGCCAAAUCUAAAUACAAAUAACAAUACCAAACAUUUUGAAAUUCAGAAGAAUUUAUAAACCUACUCUUUAGUUUCAUGCAAAGGCCGCUUCCAUUGUUAUCUUUGCAAACAUGAAAAUUCAACACUGAAGAACGCAAUUCUAAAACCAGCAAAUUAUUCAACACUAUAAAAAUGUGUAUACGGGUUAUGACAAGUUAUUUUUGUCUAGCUAUCCAAUAAUUAAAAUCAUUAAUUUACAUUUAUACAGUAGAACUUCAACUAUUAAGCACUAUAUUCAAUAAAUAAGGUAUUAAAA